GCCGUUGCCCGCACAUGGGUUUUCGCCCGGCAUAGGGAAAAGCGGGCGCGUUUUCUCUCUCUCUCUCUCUCUUCCUCCACCCCGCCUCCUUUCCCUCCUGUCCAGGCAUCGAAUAACGGGGAACAUGCGAGCGCUGGAGCGGGUGUUACUCAGGGGCUUCCCCAGCGCGGCGGAAUCCCCGCGUUGGAAACAGAGCGAGGCGGCUUCAGCGGCAGAAAGUGGAUCAUUAUUGCAGUUAUUGUUGGAAGGGAAUUAUGAGUCCAUCUUUCUAAGUAAAGCAGUCCAGAAUGUCUUCACCACAUCUUCAGGAAAAGAGGACACCAUUGAAAGCAACUUGGAAAAGCAGAUACAAGCUUAUCUAGAUUGUUCUACAGCAGACAUUGAUUCUAUUGAAAGGCAAAGUGUGGUGUUCCUCCUUGGUGUAGGGAGCUUACAGCUGUUUGCACAGAGCAACUGGACUGGACCUCCUCCUGACUUACAACCUCAGGAUUUUCUUCCACCUGAAAUAUUGCAACAAUAUAAUGAGACCAGUGCAUUGUCAACUGCUAUCUUAGGGAUGAUGGUUCUAGAUGGUGAAUCAAUAUACAGCUUGGCCUCCCAACCUAUCUUGUUGAUGCUGGCUAGAGUCAUCCUUGUGAAUUCCAGAAAUAAGUUAGAAGCUAUUCAGACAUUGCCCUGGUGGACACUGCGAUGUAUUAACCUCCACCAGCAGCUGCUAGAAGAAAAGUCACCUGAACUCUUUGCUGUUGCCCAGGCCUGUAUACAACAAGUUUUUGAAAUUGAGACUUUAUUCAACGAUGAUGAAUGUUGGCAUCUUGCUGUUCAAUUUCAUCUAGAAUGUGCUUACACAUUUUUGAAUUAUUACGAGUAUAAAAAAGCCAAAGAACAUUUCCUUGCAGCUAAAGACAUAACUAAGUUACAGAUUGAAUUGACAGGUGCUCUGGGAAAAAGAACAAGAUUUCAGGAAAAAUAUGUAGCCCAACUGAUUCUAGAUGUUCAGAGGAAAGAUAACAUCAUCCUUCCUUACCGAGAGCUUAGUCCAGCACCUACUCCACUAGAAGAUUUAACUAAGAAUUAUGCUUUAGAUGAUGACACUGUACUCAAUGAAAUAAAGUUUGAAGAAUCUCAUCAGAACCAGAUGCCUGACCUCUGUGCAGAAGAACUUGCUGUAAUCCUUGGCAUUUGUAUAGACUUUCAGAAAAACAAUCCUGUCCAUAAACUUACAGAAGAGGAGCUUCUUGCUUUUACAUCAUAUCUGCUCUCACAACCAAAGUUCUGGGCAAUCCAAACCUCUGCUCUUCUUCUGCGAACAAAACUUGAGAAGGGAAGUAUUCGUCGAAUGGAAAGGGCAAUGAAGCAGACCCAGGCACUUGCAGACCAAUUUGAAGAGAAGACAACAUCCGUUUGUGAACGUAUGAAGAUAUUUUACAGUUGCCAGGUUCCUCCACACUGGGCCAUUCAGCGUCAACUUGCAAGCUUACUCUUUGACCUUGGAUGUACCACUUCAGCUCUGCAGCUCUUCAAAAAGCUUGAAAUGUGGGAAGAUGCUGUUAUCUGUUAUGAAAGAGCAGGCCAGCAUGGGAAGGCAGAAGAAAUUUUAAGACAGGAGCUAGAGAAGAAAGAGACAGUGGGAUUAUACUGCCUGCUUGGAGAUGUUCUUAAAGACCAUUCAUACUAUGACAAAGCUUGGGAACUGUCCAAUCACCGCAGUGCCAGGUCUCAGCGCUCAAAGGGCCUCCUUUAUCUUCGCAACCGGAAUUUCAGAGAAUGCAUAGAGUGCUUUGAGCAUUCAGUAAAGAUUAACCCAAUGCAGUUGGGGGUGUGGUUUUCCUUAGGUUGUGCCUAUUUAGCAUUGGAAGAUUAUGAAGGUGCUUCCCGGGCUUUUCAGCGCUGUGUGAUGUUGGAACCUGAUAAUGCGGAGGCUUGGAACAAUCUAUCUACGGCAUAUAUCAGAUUGAAACAGAAAAUUAAAGCAUUCCGGACUCUUCAGGAAGCUCUCAAGUGUAAUUAUGAGCAUUGGCAGAUUUGGGAAAAUUACAUUCUAACCAGUACCGAUAUUGGAGAAUUUUCGGAAGCCAUUAAAGCUUAUCACAGGCUUAUGGACUUAAAAGAAAAGUAUAAAGAUGUCCAGGUGCUCAAGAUUCUGGUAAAGGUAGUCAUGGAUGAAGUAGGUGACCGAAAUGGGGAGACAGCCAAAGGAUUAAAGGGAAAACUGCAGGCCCUCUUUGGCAGAGUGACUUCUCGAGUAACAAAUGAUGGAGAAAUCUGGAGAUUAUAUGCCAGGCUUUAUGAAAAUGGGCAGAAUGAGAACUACGAAGACAUAGAAAAGGCAUUGCAGUAUCUCACCAAAGCAUACAAAUGUGAAAUCCAAUCAGGAGACUGGGACAAAGAUGCUUCCUCUUUUAAGAAAGUAGCCAGAGAUGCCCUAGAACUUGCACACGUCGCAAUGAAAUGCAGCAAACUGAAAACUAAUUACCAAGAAGCCUUGCCAAUACUCUCUUCUGCCCGACUCAAUUUGCGUGGUUUAGUCGCCAAAGCAAAGCAAAAUUUUGCAGAUGCUGUAAGUGAUGAAGUUUCCAGCGACCUCGUUGAAGAAAUGGCAGCAAUGGAGAAUUUGAUGAUGGAAUUGCAAGAACUUAGCAACCAGCUAAGGAAUCAGACUUGAGAAAAAGAAGAUCUGAUUUCUUGGAAAGACGGAAGGGCAAGGCUGGCACACUUCACCAGUUUUAACUUGUACUGAUGAGCAUUCAGUAAAUCAAAGACCCAAAGGCAUCUUUUAAAUAAAUAUUUCUCCAUACCACGCAACCAUUAAUAUUUGCCAAAAGGUUUUUCUGGUUAUAUUUAUUCUUUCCCAGUUAUGUGUGAUUUGCAUUGGCUUGGAUUUUAUGGAACAAAUUAUGCCUGCUUUUUUAUUUAGGAAUGCUUUUUUCUUUAAGAUUAGAUCUGUCCCUCUACAAAAGUAAUUGGCUUCUGUCCUUAUUGUGCACUUUAUGGCUAUGAACAAUUGGAGAGUUCUGUUCGUGUUGGAAGUGGGAAGGAAAGGGCUAUUUGAUUUGAUUGUGUCAACAGGAACCUGGAAAUAGGGAAGGGGGAAUAAAAAAUGGAAAUGAUUGUCUUCUGGGAUUUUUAAAGCGAAAGGACCCAGUUAUGUUUUCCUUAGCUUAUGCUUUUCAAAUGCAAGUAUUCACACACAAAGUAAUACUUGCUGAGAAAGUUUGUGCUAAUCAUUUUUAAAAACACAGGUUUAGGAAUACAAGUAGUCCUCAAUUUAUGGCCACAAUAGGUCCCAAAAUUU